CGCACGACGAUUGUUGUGACAGAAGUGUCCCCGAGAGAGUGUCGUGUCGUCGCGUCUGGCCGUGUCGUCGCCUCUGUUCGUCCAAUCAAGCUCGCUCGGGAAGAGAGAGUAAGUCGUCGGAUCGCGAGGAUACACGAUCGAGACGAGGAACGUCAGUGUCGUCGUACUGCUGUCCCCUGGCAAGCGGGGAUCAUGAAGUUUCAGUACAAGGAAGAGCAUCCAUUCGAGAAACGGAAGGCUGAGGGCGAAAAGAUACGACGGAAAUACCCGGAUCGCGUGCCUGUGAUAGUUGAGAAGGCACCUAAGGCAAAGAUCAGCGAUCUCGAUAAACAAAAGUACCUGGUACCAUCCGACCUCACCGUCGGUCAGUUUUACUUCCUAAUCCGCAAGAGGAUUCAUUUACGUCCCGAGGACGCUUUAUUCUUCUUCGUCAACAACAUCAUUCCUCCAACGAGCGCCACUAUGGGUUCUCUCUAUGCGGAACAUCACGAGGAAGAUUUCUUCCUAUAUAUAGCCUACAGCGAUGAAAAUGUGUACGGUAACUAAAUCUACUUGGACGAGCGAGAUUGCCAAAACAGAAAGAAAGGAUUCAGCAGCGAAAAUCGACCAUCUCUCAACGUAGUCCUCAUAGAAGCGCUUUCGAAAAGUGUAUACAAAAUUACAUCUAUCAAAAUACACUAUGUGUAAAAAUUUAUGUCUCGACGCUGCACCCUACAUUUGCUUCUACAAAAAAAAAACAACUGUCUACAUAACUGUCUCUUAACGAUAACAAAAAAAAGCGGUGUCACUUCUCGAUUCCAUUCUUUCUUUGCCACCUGAGAGGGCAUAGGUCACUAUAGGAUUGUAAGAAUGACUAAUUGAUGCAAAAUUAUGUGAUGAGUGUGUAAUAACUUAGUAAUUGAGAGAGCCGUUGGCCAUUGAGAAAAAAUCGAAAAAAAUGAAAAAAAAAGUCUUUGUAUUACCAAAUCAUGCUGAUACUUGCUGUUCAUUUAUAUACGUUACGUUUUAAUGCACAUUAUGGUCGUAAUGGGCAGAUCAUGUUCAUUCUUUACUAGAAAUUUGGAAUAUUUUAUAGACGAACCAGGUACCAGAAUAAUGAUAUACACGACAAAUAUCGUUCUCUUCGAUUUAGGCUAGCGUUAUUCUUUUACAUUAAUGUAUUAUUUGGUCACGAGGGGGAAAAAGUAACGAAGGCGAAUUGUUGGAUAUGCAAGCAGAGAGAAAAAUUUUCUGUAACGGCUGGAUGUAAGGCCAAUAAAAAAAAGUUAAAACAUGA